AUGCAGCUUCAAAGCAGUGUCCAGGCAUUGCUUUCUCCAGCAACAAGGAUCUACAUGGUUUUGGGGGAAGAGAGUUACAGAGUAAAGAAACAGGUAUCUGUGGUCUACAGCUAUAGGCAUAAAUCUCUGGCUGGAGAAUGCAGUCAUCUGCAGGAGCGGCCCCGAGCCCUCCGCGGAGCGGGCAGGCCCCAGCUAUCCGGCCGCGGGUCCCCGCCGCCACCCCCGCCACCGCCGGGCGGCGUCCAGCCGGGGCCAGGCCGGGGCGGCUGGGAGAGGCAGCCGGCUGCGAGACGAACUUGUGUAACAGGCUCGGGGAAGAAACCGUUCCUCCGCCGCGCCCCCGCUCCCUCCUCCCCUCGCCGGAGCCCGCCCGUCUCCGCUCCUCCUUUGCAGCCAAUGGCACUAAGCGAGGUGGCUGCAUGUGGUGGCGCGGACCCAGCGCCCGGGCUGGGAGGAGAGGAGGAGGCAGCAGGCUCUGCUCGCCGCUCGCUCCCGUCUCCCGGCCCGCCCCGAGCUGCCCCGCGGCCCCUCCGCCCCGCCGGUACCUGCAGCAUGGACUCGGACUCCGGGGAGCUCAGCGAAGGCGAGCUGGUCUCACCCGCAGGUCCUGAUUGUUUCAGUUCCAAGAAUCUCGCACUGCAAGCCCAGAAAAAGAUCCUGAGUAAAAUGGCAACCAAAACCAUGGCCAACAUGCUAAUCGAUGACACAAGCAGUGAAAUCUUCGACGAGCUGUACAAAGUAACAAAGGAACACACAAGAAACAAAAAGGAAGCUCAUAAAAUUAUGAAAGACCUGAUUAAAGUGGCAAUAAAAAUCGGGAUCCUCUAUCGAAAUAAUCAGUUCAACCAAGAAGAGCUGGAAAUUGUAGACAAGUUCAGGAAGAAGCUGAACCAAACUGCCAUGACAAUUGUCAGUUUCUACGAGGUAGAAUACACUUUUGACAGAAAUGUUCUUGCAGAACUGCUGAAUGAAUGUAAAGACCUUGUGCAUGAACUAGUAGAUCGACACCUGACACCGAGAUCCCACGGGCGCAUCAACCACGUCUUCAAUCACUUUGCGGAUGUGGAAUUUCUAACUGCCCUGUACAGUCUUGAUGGGGAUUGUCGCCCAUACCUCAAAAAGAUCUGCGAUGGCAUCAACAAACUACUUGAUGAGAAGGUCCUUUGA